AUGAGGUUUAGAUGCAAAGCAAAAGAUUGUGCUGCAAUACUGAAGCCUUUCGGGUUGGUACCUAUCACCUGUUUGGAGCUGGCUAACAUAUGUAGGAAGGUUGGUUUUCCUCCAGAUGUCUUGAAUGUUCUGAUUGGAUUGGGCUUGAAAGUUAUGAUUAUUUUGGCAUAUCAUCCCAAUGUUGACAAGAUUGCCUUUACCAGAAGUAAUACAAUAGGGAGCAUGAUAAUGGAAGCAGCCGCUCAAAUGGUCAAGCCUGUAUCUUUAGAACUCGAUAGGAAAAGCCCAAUCAUUUUGUUUGAGGAUCAAGAAUAUGAAAAGUCACAAUGA